UACAGCAGCAAGAACAAGAGCAGCAGCAAAGUUAGGGAGAGAGAUUGAUGAUGAUGAAGAAGGGCGGCGCCGGAAUAAUGGUGGCGGUGGCGGUGGCGUUGGUCGUCCUGGUAGCGGCGGCGUCGUCGUCGGUGGCGAGGGCGGACGUGAGCUGCGCGGACGUGGACGCGAACCUGCGGGCCUGCGUCGGGUACGUGACGGGCAAGGAGGCGGCCCCGGGCGGCGAGUGCUGCGCCGGCGUGAGGCGGAUCAGGGGCAUGCCGUCCGGCACGGCGGAGCGGCGGCAGGCGUGCGAGUGCGUCAAGCAGGCGGCGGCGGGGUACCAGCCGCUCAACGCCGACGCCAUCCGCGACCUCCCCAAGCAGUGCGGCGCGCCGCUGCCGUUCCCGCUCACCCUCAACUUCGACUGCACCACAAUUCCAUGAAUUACCACAUGAAUGCAGAGGAGUCAUCCUGAAAAUGGAGAAAAAUAAAGAGAGGGGAAGUACAAAUAAGACAUGUUCAUUCGAAAUGAACUAGCUACUCUUGUAAACGCCUCUAGUGUAAUAAAGAGAGGGAAGUACAAAUAAGACAUGUGCAAGCAGCUUUUUAUCCAAGUGAACUGUGCGUUGCUCUUGUAAACGUCUCUAGCUAUUUCUAAUAAGGGUCUAGGUGUGCGAGCCUUAAUUAGCAGCCUGGGAAUGGAAACAUGCAUGGCUGUUAA